ACCGCGUCGAUCGCAACGGAAGCCCGCGUCGAAUCGGCCGCUCGGACGAUUCAACGACCCGGACAGGUGUAGUGUGUAGUGCCGGGCCGCAGCGACGGAAUCGCAACGGAAAUCGCGACCGGGAUCCGCGAUGCCGCGCUCCGGUCUAGACGCGGCACCCUCGGAGUCGCCGAACCUUGACGGACGUGCCCACGCCGCGGCCGACUAGGAAUGUCGAGAAACCGAACUCCUCCGUACGAUGCGACCGAAACGACAAUUAUUUCGAGAAAUCGCGAACGCGACAGAGGGCCAGUGUUGACGGAAGAUUGACCGGAGGCAUUCUACAAGGAACCUGUGUAAAGUCGAAUUUCAAUAAUUGGACGCGUAGAAAAUUUCAAUCGAGGUUAGAGAAGACGGAGGAAUUCCAGGCAAGGGUGGAUUUAAACGCCGAGGAGGGCUCAGGGUCGCGAGAUGUCGUUGGGCAGGAUUAGCGGUGGUAUUUUAAUCUAACUCGAGGGAAUCUCAUCGAAAUUUCGAGACGCGGGGGAAGGGCCGCCAUUUUGUAAAGAAAAUUCGCGGGAUGACGUCACGGACCCAGAGGACCGCGGGGUGCGUCGCGGCCAAGGAGAUUUUCGCGGGCGGGUUUCGACGCGCGCGCCGCCAUUUACCGCAUGCCGGUAGAUCGGCGAAUUAACGGCCGCUUUCCGUUGGAGCGGCGGUUUACGAGUGCCGGUAUUCGGACCCGCGAUUACAAUACGGUGGUUAUCGUCGCUGAAGUACGGAGGGUGAGAUUGCUCACGCGGGGAGAAGCCACUUGUUGCUUCCCUUGGUUCGAGGGGAUUAUUUCCUCCCUCUACCUGUUGCGUCCGCUAAUCCGUGCAACCAAUUCAUCUGGCCAGCUUGAGGAGUGAACACCGACAAGUGAAGUGGGAUUUCUUCACGUUGGAUCAGCUCGGAGCCAUCUUUUUACGGCCUUCGGGAAAGAGCGAGCUUCAGCCAUGGACUGGCGGGCAGCUGCGCUCGUGAUUCUUCUGAUCACAAUGGCGAGGCACGGCACUGCACGAGGGGCGCAGAUACCUUCUUUACCGACGUCGACGGUCGCGAUAGCGAGCACGGUCCAGAUCGAGUGUGCGAGCGAAUCGAUAAUCGUGUACAUAUCGACCGAGGGCAACACGGAUUUCCACGGAUUGGUGUACCCACGCGGGUUAUCGAAAAAUAGUUCCUGCCUGCAGGAGUACAGGAGUCAGCCAGCUCCCAUAACCUAUACUCUGCCUCUCAGGUCGUGCAACACCAUGCCCACGGAACUGGACGACGGUGGAAUCGAAUACUUUAAUACGAUAGUGGUGCAGCCGCAUCUGAAGCUGGUGACGAAUCAAGGCAGAGGAUUUCACGUGAGGUGUCGAUACCAGACUCGAGACAAAGUCGUAACGAACGAUCAGACCCAAGUCGCCAUGUUGCAGUCCAUGCCCCUGCAGGCGACCGCUCCGAUGCCGGGAUGCACCAUGAAGAUCUUCAACGGUGAUCCUACUCGGCAUCAGGUCGCGGAGAACGUGAAGAUCGGCGACCCGUUGACCUUGGUCAUCGGCAUCGACAAGCAGGAGAUGUUUGGCCUCAAGAUCUCGGAUUGUCUGGUCCGCGAUGGACUGGGAUGGGGCGAGCAACGCCUCAUCAAUGACGAAGGGUGCCCACUGGACGGGGAAAUAAUGGGGCAGUUCACGUACAGCCAGGACAAGACGGAGGCCAGGGUAAAUUUCCAGGCCCACAAAUUUCCAUACACCGCCAGCGUUUAUUACCAGUGCAACGUCAGGCUCUGCGUCAAACAUGGCGGCGGAUGCAGUAACACGCCGCCACGUUGCAACGAAGUCCAGCGACGUCGUAGAGACCUGACGGGCAGAAAUGGCGACCCGAAGGGCGUCAAAGGCCUCGACGGCGAAACUCCUGCCACCAUAGAGGUUUACAGCGGACUUUACGUCAACGAAGCCUCCGACGUCACCUCGAAGACAGACUACGCCGACGACGUCUUCAGGGAAAGGACAAUGGACGACCCCAACAGCAUUUGCAUAUCGCAGAAAAGUUUCGCGAUAGGGAUCGCGAUCGCGGGCCUGAUCCUUAUGUUGGCGGUGGUGGUGAUAAUUGUGAUACUACUGGCCAAACGACGUCACAAGAGUGUUUCGACUACAGGCUCGUCAAUUUACAGCGGACCCUAUACGAACACUGCCUACAGCCACAGCAGUUAAAGACACUCCCUCGAAUUUCCUCGAAUCGCCUCCGAAGUUCCGAGUUCACCGAAAAAGGAGGGGGAGAAAAAAGGAUCGCCAAGAGCCUUCCUCCUAUCUGCCUUAUCCGCCUAUCCCGCGGUUCCGUGAAACCCCUAACGACUUCCAGACUUCCAACCUGCCCCUAGGAAUUCCUUAUCAAAUACUUCCGAGCGAUUCGGGGCCCCCGAGGCGCUAAAAGACUCUUUUAAUGUUGCCACUCCUCUGAGUUCGUGGAGAAAAAAAAAAAAACUCGUGCCCUUUACUGCCCGGAAAAUUCACCUCGAGUUUACAGCAGACCCCGUGAUCCCGCGCUCCGAAAGUAACUCGAUAACCCGACUAAUCGAUCAUUCUAGCGAGCAUUCAGGGUAUCUACAGAAUGGUUCGCGCUUGUGCAACCGUUUCCGAUAAGCCGAACUUCAUUGUCAUGUGCCAAUACUUCACGGGGAGAGUUUCAAGUCGCGAGGUGACGCUUCGCGUUGAUUAGCUGCGCGCGCAGGACCGAAGCGACCUCUCUCGCGCGCGCUGCGAAGCCGAACGUGGAUUUUCCGACUAAGAUACUGCCGAGUCCUGGUGCCUCUUAGAAAUGCCCUCGUAUUAUACUUUAAACGAAACGUUGAGCGAUGUUAAAAAGAAAGUGACGAUUAAUGCACAACGAAUAGUCGACAGCCCACGGCUUCGUCUACAGCCGCGGGCUGAAAAUUUAGUAGAGACGAAACUUAUCGCUUAAGUGUGCAAAGCUAUUAAUCGAUUUAGUUGUUAGGGUUGCCUCAUUUUUUUUUUAAUUAUAUAUAUAUAUAUAUAAAUCUAUUGUAUACUAGUCCGGUAUACUCUGUCCUAGCUAACUGCUACUCGUCGCGUAAUACGCACGCACGAAACUGUGCCGUCCACCCCGAGCGAUUUAAUUACCUCGGUUUAACUUAAUUAACUCGAGAUACCUAGGUUUAAGGUUAAGUCAACCGAAACGACUCUUCUCGACUAAAUCAAAUUACUUCGGUGAUAAGCAACUCUCGUACUGUCGUUGCGUUAUUAUUCCUUAUCGAAACGCGCGCGAUUCAUUGUCAUUUAAUGGUCUGACGAUUUCACGGCCACUCAUGGAAACGACCGAUUAUAUAGAAACACAUUAUAAUUCAAUGCCGAACUGAUAUCACUUUAUCGUAAAAUUGAGCAGCCUUUUCUAAUUUCUAAUCUUUCUUCGUCACUAAGUGCUUUUGAUUAAUCUUUAAUAGCGCAACUUCGUGAAUUGCAAUUAAUGAUUAGUUACGGACAAAAUGUCCAUUUCGGACAAGAUUGCCAAAUCCGCGUGCAUGAACGGAGUUCCACGAUAAGGAAAGCUUGGGAAAUUAUUUUAUUUCCCGAUAUACGAUAUAUUUUUCGAUCGUUGAACUUGUGUGCCUUCGGUGGAUUUACGCGUGACGUCAUUUCCGCCAGUGUGAAUGGACUUUGUUGCAAAGGCGAAGAAGCAAAACAGGACAAAAAUGGUCCAAAACCGGUGAUUUCCCCUAGAGUUACCUAGAAGGCUCAAUCAGCAUCUGGGGAUUACUAGCGUCCCUUCCAAGUGUAUCGAUUUUAAAAUUAAUUAGAUUUUUAAUAAUGAGGAACCUCGCGAGAAUGCAAGUUUCAAUGGCUCCUACUCAAGUCUAUAAUCAGACCCGAUAACGCUUACACGAUUAAUGUUAAUAAAUGUAAUUUAAUGAAAUUGGUGCUGCACCGAUGUUGGUACUCCUACUAAACUUCACAAUGAGAAUUCUUUCCCGUUGUAUGUACUUAUAUUCCGAAUGUAACGAGCUGAGGAUUUAAUGAAAUACCGGAAAGAAUUGUAAAAAAUUCGGGGAUGUUCUGGAAGAUCUAGGGACAUAAUUAAAUAUGUAGGGCUGCCAACAUCCCACCAGCCGAGGACGUUAGAUUGUAGAAAAUCGAGAAAUCGAGUAGCUGGGUCUAACAAGGUGGUGGGUAGAGUCGUAUAAAAAUUACUAGGAAAAAAAAAAACUAGCACCGUAACCGAUAACUUAUAAAGCGCUAAUACGCUAGAGAGGAAGAUGGUCGACGAAAGGGAAACCUUUAGGUCAGUUUUGUGCGAUCCGAUUUUUUCCCGAAAUUAAAAAAAAAAGAAAAAAAGGAAUUUUAAGGACGUCCUAGCGAUCUCACCCAGUGAUUAGUCGAAAACUAAUAAUAGUAACAUUUUAAAUAUGAUUCCGAUCAGGUGGGCACGCAUAAAACUGGCCUGAAAGUGGGUUUUACAAGUGGCGGCACCCUGGGCGGAUGUUAGGGAGAAAUCCCCAAAUUUUACGGGCGUGCAAUAAUUGGGAUUUUUAGAAUUGCGAUAGGCAAUCCUCCCUGGGAAAUAUCUUCAGGGUGUUACCACGGUUUAGUAAUCGUCGCAUCGGGCAAAACUUCUCACUGUCCGUCGUUCACGAUGCGUGGCGUUGGUUCAUACUGACAUUAGGGACGAAAAUGCCUGUAUAGUACUUUUUCUUUCUUUUUUUUUUUUUAAAUCUCGAUCCCGAGGAAACGCGAUCCGACAGUCCCGCAAUGUUGAUCUGGACCCUCGCCCGAAGGAUCUACAACGAAAUCUUGUAAAUAUGCGAACUACCCUAAUAACUAGCUCUUAAGCGUUGCAGCAAUAGUUAGCGAGUAUUUGCGGCGUCGUGCCCGCCGAACCUCCGCGUCGACGGAUCCACGCGCCAUUUUGGUAUCUCAGUUUUUCCAGUUUUUUUUUUUUCUUUCAAUAUCGACGAACCGUGUGUCGAAUUUCGACCCACGGUUCGUGAAAUAUUUCGAUUUGAAAUCGCGAAGAGAUGACAAUUAGUUCCAUCCAAUGAUUGCCUAUUAACGACAUAUAUUUCCGAGUUACUGUGGAUUCGUGGACACCGAUUCGUGCACAGGCGCGACUAAAUUCCUCUCUUUCUCUCGAAAGGACGAAAACUCGAGAGAACUUCGUAAAGUUCAGCGAUUCCACGGGCGUUUCGCCGCAUCUUCGGACCACGAUUAAAAGUCGUCCACCUCGUGAGAUGCCGAGCUUCCUCGACGAGUCCGCUUCGCGAAUUGCUCGUCCUCGAGGCGGUCCCAGUCGAACAAGUUUUACUUUUCUACGCGUUAAGUCUUGCGCGUCUCACCACUGAUCAUCAUUAGCUAAUCAUCCAUUUGAUUAUUAAUAUUACAAUAAAACAAUAAUAAAACAA